AAAUCAACUCCCCCCUCCCUUCAUCUUCCUCCACCACCUUCUCCUCCUUCACAAUUAUGCCCUUCACCUUAUAACCUCUUUCAUUUCCACCCCUAACAUUUUUCUCGAAUCCAAAUCCGCCAUGGGAGUUGCUCUUCUUCAUCCUCGUGAUGAUUGUUUAACCGAUCCUUUCUCCACCAGAAGCAUCCUUUCCCCUCCUCCUCCUCAACGGCCUCACAAACCAACACCCAAUCGCCGUCGCCGGAGUCAUCAAACGGAGACCUCUCCUCCGCCAAAGGGAUCGAAGAAGAAGAAGAAUCUCAACCCCAACAAUGUUAGAAUCCUGAAGCGAGGAGGCGAAGAGAAGGCGCCGGAUCCGAGAUCAUCUACUCGUCGGAUCGUAUCGGAUCCGGUGAUGAUCCCAUCGCAGAACCGGAGAUCGCCUCCCCCAGCUUUGUUUUACGCUGGUACAGUCACAUCGACGUCUCCGCCGCCGAGCGAAGUUCCCUUACCGGCGUUCUUCGCGAAGAGAAGCGUCUCCUCCUCGUUCAAAUCAGCCGAUGCAACCACCGAUCUGAGAAGAAUCUUGCGGUUAGACAUCGCAUGAUUCGAUUA